CAACAACGUCCGAGGCUUUGCUUCUCUUCGGGCUCCUCAAGAACUCCAGAGGCUCCGGUAGCCCAGGGUCUUAUUUUUCUCCAGCUCCUCACCUUAUCCAUCCGGAACAGCUAAUUAAUUCAAAACAUCAUCAGGGCCUUCCUUGUCUUCUUCUCUUCCGUGCUGUCUCCACGUUCCUGGUGUCUCCCAAGGUGUAUCUCCUGUUGAUCUGGAAUCCUGUUUUUGUUUCUUUCCCUUCCAUCUUUCGCGACUGUUCUGUUUUCUCCGAUACGACGCCACCGGACCGCCGUGGUAGACCUCUCAUAUAACGUUCCAUCACCCCCUUGCUUCACCACGUUCUUAGCUCUUACGCCCUCAUCACCACUGGCCAACUGUUCGUUAGGCAACCGCAUUUCGACCUGCAACUUUGUAUACAACCAUUCAUCGAUGUGAAGGCCAGCUCAUCAGCCAGGGCGCUCCAGUGUUCAGUUGAGACGGAGAGGAACGGUUUCGCUUUCGUCGGAUUGCGCCAGAGCCAGAGUCCACUAUUGACCGUUGAGUUGAUUCAGUGUUUCCGUGUUUCGGGAUUUGCGCAUGUGGCAGUGCUUUGAGAGCAGGGGGAUAUAGCUGGGGAUCAUUCUCACUCGGCUUCCGGGUUCCGAAUAUCGAGAGUUUAUAUAAGAGGGGGGACGGCCAAAGGCGCACCAACACCUACCUACUUACCAUCGCGGCUGGUUCCGUUGAGACGGACUCGGCAACGGCUUACACAUUCGACCCUUCCUCAUACGGCACUGCAGUUCCUUCCAUAUCAUACCUCUACACACCCCUGCGCACUUGCCUACUACGAUCUCACCUCACUUAGCAAUUUCCUCCCUUGCCAUAUACACAUCCUGUCGACCCCAAGCGGAAAGGGCCUCCGGGGCCCUAGGGGUACCUCACCACCAUGUUUCUUCACGCAGGCGCCAGUAUGCACGGUCACGAAUACUCCAACAGACCCUCGUCGUCCCAUUCUUCGCACAAGCUACGACCUCCCCUUCUGUUCUCGGCUCUCUCACCACCAAAGAGCCGCGUGACCACCACGACUACCGCCCUUCCAAAGAAACCUGUUUUGCGACAACGGCCAGCAUCAGAGUACAUUCCCCGGAGCCGCACUCCCGAGCCCUUAGUUCGCUUCCUGGAACCCGAUGUGGUGGAACCCCAGACGCCUGAGAUGCAACAUGACGACCACCAUGUCUUCUCUGACUCCGAAAUGAGCGAGACGGCCGCCUCGGUCGACGGUCACUCCGAGUCAGGUCGCCGUCCCCGCCGCCGUCGGACGACCUCGCGCAAGAGCACCAGUACCACUUACUACCUUGGCUAUCCUACUCCAAAGAAGCUUGGAAAUCUCAAGGUGAUGCAUACAGUUCUACCCAGGCUGCUCUUACAACUCAAGGCGGUAUCUCCUGAUGGCCAUGCGCGCCCUAUGCUCGAGGUCUUCCCGUCUUCGCGGAUCGCCGGCCUUGUGAUAACUCCCCGACUAGCAAAGCGGUUUCCGGGCAUUUUCGGGGUCAAGCGCCAGCUUGGGUACGACGACCUAGUACUGAUGAAGCGGGAUGAUGACGAGUCGGAGCGGGAGGGUUCGGAAAGCGGCGACAGUGACGAGACCUUUGAGAGGAGCAAGCUUCUUGCUGUGUAUAGCCCGGUUAAACACUCGGAGGAAACAGAGAUUGUACUGGGAGAUGGAUCCAUCUGGACUGCCAAAGCGUUGCCUAACGGGUCCUACGACUUUGUCCAUGUCGAUGAAUGCGGUCAUGUAACGACAGCCCGCUGGGCUCGCCGUAGCACUGGCAAAACACCACCUACAACCCCGGCGGAUACACCUGCGCCGCCGCCCGAAUAUCCCCGCUUCACUUUCAGUAUUCUCAACCCCUUGUCACGACGCCAUCCAGUCAUGGCAACUCUAACUCACUGUACACUCGUUGUCCAGGACACUUACACCACUGUCUCCUCGUCCUAUGGUCGCUUCCCACCAAGGCCACUUGGUCGCGCGGUUUCAGUCAAUGCUCUCAGCCGGGGUGGCUCAUCGUCUUGCCCCUCGAGCCCACAAACCUCAUCACCAGAAGAUAGCGAAGCUGACUCCGGGAUCGGCAUUACCCAGCCCGAGCCCGAGCCUGAGCGGACUGUGCGCAUCAUCGACGAAGCCACCAAGUCUCUCAUUUCAACCACGGCCUUAUGGAUAGUCCUGCGAUCAGGAUGGUCGCCAAAUUACGUUCCCAGCACUCACACCCACUCCAGCCCCUGCUCGGACGACAAGUCACCAACAAGUCCAACGACCGGCAACGAAAAGACCCGCCGCAGGCACACAUGGUCACGACCGAUGGCAUCCGACUCCUUGUGCUCCUCAAAGGGCAGCACCCCGCCAAUAAGCAGGCAGCCGUCCGACGCAGAAACACCACGGUUACAACAGCCAGCAACACCAGCGCAAUCGACCAAACCAAAACGCCACUCCAUGCCCGCCCAACCUAUCAAGAAAGCUAUCAGCGAACGGGGCACUUCACCCGCCCCUUCUGCAAGCAACGUCCUCCGACCCGGCCCGCGCCGCGCAACCAGCACCGGUGCCAACUUUAUGCGACACCGCUUACUUUCGGAAGCGCAAAGCGAUCAGGAACUGGGUAGCCCUAUUAGCGAAAAGGUUCGGCACGGACUGCAAGGAAUGUGUCCGUUGAGGAACAGGUCGGCGGACCCGCUGGUGGGCGGAGGGUUAAUGCAUUCUCAGCACCACUACUUUGGGCAUCAGAGGGACGAUUCGAUGGCAUCGACGUACUGCGCACCUAUUCAGGAAAUUAGGCCUUCAAUGGAUGUGAGGCCAACGACUGAGAAAGUAGUGGAAGAAGAGAAAAAGGCACGUGAGGUGCCGAAGUUGGUGGUCGAUACCACCUUUGCGGUACACACGGGUGUGAAGGGGGAGAAGGAGAAGAAGCCAGGUAUGAGGAUGAUGCUAAAGAGGUGGGUUCAUAAGCUUGGGUCUCGUUAGGGACGAUGGCCCUCGAUGAGAGGAUUUUACGGAGAAGGAGUGAAACGGAGUGAAGGAAGGAGAAGAGAAAUUAUUAUACCCAUUUGUUGUUAGCCCAUUUUUUUCUUUUGUUUUUAUUUCUAUUCAUUUUCCGCAUUGGACCGGAAUAGGGUGAAAAGGGAACUGGAACUGGCAUGGAGUCAAUGGUCCACACUCAUCUCAUUCAUACCCACGAUACUACCAUACUAUACCAUUACCGUAUAUAUAUGUUUCAAUGAGAUUACUGAAUCAUGAAGCACAUUCAAGGC